AUGGCUACUCAAUCCGCCGUGUCUGCUACAUCUGUCCAACAAGGAGUUCCAUCAGCUAGCGUCGCUGCAUCGAAAGUUCCAACUCAAGGAGGUCUUUGGAAUUCGGCUUGUCAACUUUUCUCUCUCACUCCAAAGGCUGGGAAAGACUCUUUCCAAUUCCUCACAUCUCCUCAAAGAUCGAAGCCAGCUGCCACGGUCAACGCUGAUAACUUUUACAUGUAUGCGUGCGGAUCCAUCAAUAUGCCAUAA